AUGGGAGACAUAGAGCUUUGUUGGCUGUUCUCGCUUAGUGAAGAAUUCAAGUAUGUAACAGUAAGGCAAGAUGAAAAGAUGGAGCUGGCUAAGCUUUUAGGCCGUGUUCCCAUUCCCAUCAAGGAAAGUCUGGAAGAGCCGAGUGCAAAAAUCAAUGUUUUAUUGCAAGCAUACAUUUCACAGUUAAAGCUUGAAGGGCUCUCAAUGACAUCUGAUAUGGUUUUCAUAACUCAGAGUGCCGGAUGUCUUUUGCGGGCUCUUUUUGAGAUUGUCCUGAAACGUGGUUGGGCACAAUUGGCUGAGAAGGCUUUGAACUUAUGCAAGAUGGUGACCAAGAGGAUGUGGAGUGUCCAAACUCCUCUUCGUCAGUUUACUGGAAUUCCAAGUGAUAUAUUAACAAAAUUGGAGAAGAAGGAUUUGGCUUGGGAAAGGUAUUACGACCUAUCAUCGCAAGAGAUAGGUGAACUGAUUCGUGCACCAAAGAUGGGGAGGACCCUUCAUAAAUUUAUCCAUCAAUUCCCAAAGCUGAACCUUGCAGCACACGUGCAGCCAAUUACUCGCACAGUUUUGGGGGUUGAGCUCACAAUAACUCCUGAUUUUGCGUGGGAUGAUAGGAUACAUGGGUAUGUUGAGCCAUUCUGGGUGAUUGUGGAGGAUAAUGAUGGUGAAUAUAUCCUUCAUCACGAGUAUUUUUUGUUGAAAAAACAGUAUAUUGAGGAGGAUCACACUUUGAAUUUCACUGUGCCGAUAUACGAGCCUCUUCCUCCUCAAUACUUUAUCCGUGUUGUUUCUGAUAAGUGGCUUGGAUCCCAAACUGUACUUCCUGUUUCUUUCAGGCAUCUAAUUUUACCUGAAAAGUAUCCUCCGCCUACUGAACUAUUGGAUCUUCAACCGCUUCCGGUUACUGCCUUGAGAAAUCCAUCUUAUGAAGCUCUUUAUCAAGAUUUUAAAUAUUUCAAUCCUGUACAAACACAAGUCUUCACAGUACUGUAUAAUUCUGAUGACAAUGUCUUGGUUGCUGCUCCAACUGGGAGUGGCAAGACUAUAUGUGCUGAAUUUGCAAUUUUGAGGAAUCAUCAAAAAUUGCCUGAUAGUGUCAUGCGUGUUGUGUAUGUUGCACCCAUUGAAGCUCUUGCCAAAGAACGGUAUCGUGAUUGGGAGAAGAAAUUUGGGGGCGGACUCAAGUUGAAGGUAGUGGAGUUAACUGGAGAAACUGCGACUGAUCUGAAACUGCUUGAGAAAGGUCAGGUUAUUAUUAGUACUCCUGAGAAAUGGGAUGCUUUAUCCCGCCGCUGGAAACAGAGGAAACAUGCUCAACAAGUUAGUCUUUUCAUCAUUGAUGAGCUCCACUUAAUUGGAGGUCAAGGUGGUCCCAUUUUAGAGGUUAUUGUUUCCCGGAUGAGAUAUAUUGCCAGUCAGGUUGAAAAUAAGAUUCGUAUCGUGGCUUUGUCAACUUCACUUGCAAAUGCAAAAGACCUGGGAGAAUGGAUUGGAGCUACCUCCCAUGGCCUUUUCAAUUUCCCACCUGGUGUUCGACCCGUGCCAUUAGAAAUUCACAUCCAAGGUGUAGAUAUUGCCAAUUUUGAGGCUAGGAUGCAGGCAAUGACCAAACCGACUUACACUUCUAUUGCUCAACAUGCCAAGAAUGGGAAACCUGCUAUUGUAUUUGUACCUACAAGAAAGCAUGUUCGGCUGACAGCUGUGGAUUUGAUUACAUACUCAGGCGCAGACAGUGGUGAGAAGCCUUUUUUGCUGCGGUCCGUAGAAGAACUUGAGCCUUUUAUUAACAAGAUUAGUGAUGAAAUGUUGAAAGUCACUUUACGCGAAGGUGUUGGCUACUUGCACGAGGGCUUGAACAGUCUUGAUCAUGACAUCGUGUCACAACUAUUUGAAGCUGGUUGGAUUCAGGUCUGCGUUUUAAGCAGUUCCAUGUGCUGGGGAGUGACCUUGUCCGCUCAUCUGGUAGUUGUGAUGGGCACACAAUACUAUGAUGGGCGAGAGAAUGCUCAAACAGAUUACCCUGUUACCGAUUUGCUGCAAAUGAUGGGUCAUGCCAGCCGACCUUUGGUGGAUAAUUCUGGGAAAUGUGUCAUCUUAUGCCACGCACCUCGUAAAGAGUACUACAAGAAGUUUCUAUAUGAAGCAUUCCCUGUUGAAAGCCAUCUUCAUCACUUCUUGCAUGACAACUUAAAUGCUGAAAUUGUUGCUGGGAUUAUUGAAAACAAGCAAGAUGCUGUAGAUUAUCUUACAUCGACAUUCAUGUAUAGGAGGCUCGCCCAGAAUCCUAACUAUUACAAUUUACAAGGAGUUAGUCACAGACAUCUUUCUGACCACCUCUCAGAGAUGGUGGAAAAUACAUUGAGCGAUUCAGAAGCAAGCAAGUGUGUUGCUAUUGAGGAUGAUAUGGACCUUUCUCCUCUUAACCUUGGAAUGAUUGCUUCAUAUUAUUACAUCAGUUACACAACUAUUGAAAGGUUUUCAUCAUCAUUGACUUCAAAAACAAAAAUGAAGGGUCUGUUGGAGAUUCUGUCAUCUGCAUCAGAGUAUGCUCACCUUCCAAUAAGACCCGGGGAAGAAGAGGUGGUUCGUAGGUUAAUCAACCACCAAAGGUUUUCCUUUGAAAACCCAAAAGUCACAGAUCCACAUGUUAAAGCAAAUGCUGUGCUGCAGGCGCAUUUCUCUAGGCAAUUUGUUGGCGGUAAUCUAUCAUUGGACCAGAGGGAGGUGCUGCUUUCUGCAAACAGGCUGCUGCAGGCCAUGGUGGAUGUAAUAUCGAGCAAUGGUUGGCUGAGCAUGGCUCUUCUUGCUAUGGAAGUAAGUCAAAUGGUGACACAAGGAAUGUGGGAGCGAGAUUCUAUGCUGCUACAGCUUCCACACUUCACAAAGGAUUUGGCUAAGAAGUGCCAGGAGAACCCAGGGAGGAGUAUAGAAACUAUCUUUGAUUUAUUAGAGAUGGAAGAUGACGAGAGACGAGAAUUGUUGAAUAUGACUGAUUCUCAGCUUUUGGAUAUUGCCCGAUUUUGCAAUCGUUUUCCUAAUAUUGAUUUGUCAUAUGAGAUCGUGGACAAUGACAAUGUGCGAGCCGGAGAUGAUGUAACGCUUCAGGUCACUCUUGAGCGGGAUCUUGAGGGUAAAACAGAAGUAGGACCUGUUGAUGCUCCCAGGUAUCCGAAAGCCAAGGAAGAAGGGUGGUGGCUUGUUGUUGGUGAUACCAAAACCAACAUGUUGCUUGCAAUUAAACGGGUGUCGUUGCAACGGAAGUUGAAAGCCAAACUGGAGUUUACUGCUCCUGCUGAUGCUGGAAAGAAAUCCUAUGUCCUCUACUUCAUGUGCGAUUCUUACAUGGGUUGUGAUCAGGAGUAUGGUUUCACCCUUGAUGUUAAGGAAGCAGAUGGUGAAGAUGAAUGA